CAGCUCUCCACGAGUCCAGUCCCCAUCGAGCUCCCUCGGCCCUCAUCGAACCAUCGACCCAGCGAUCUCUCGAUCCAGACUCGACCUUCUCUGGCUUCGGUGUGUCUUUUGGAAGAGAAAACCAGCAGGCGGUUCUCGUUACGUCAUUACCGUGCCCCGCAGUCGACCAGAAUCUCUCCUUCGGCGUCCCAGCUUCAAAACGGCUCGAUUCUUUCAGUUCCCGUCAUGUCCUCCUCUUCUGACAACCCCCAUUGCAAACAUGUCUACCUGUGUUCUCGUUACCGGUGCCACCGGCCUCUUGGGCCGUCAGGUCUUCAACACUUUCAAGCACUCCGGCUGCCUCGUCGUCGGCCAGGGCUACUCCCGCGCCAUCCCACCCACGAUACAGAAGGCUGACUUGGAGAAUCCCGAUGCGAUCAAGGCUCUCCUCGAUGAAGCAAAACCCCAGAUCGUCGUCCACUGUGCCGCCAACCGUUUUCCCGACUUGUGCGACAAGAACCCUGAGCAAGCGCGCCGAGUGAACGUUGACGCCACCCGCAUUCUCGCAGAGGAAACGUCGCGCCGUAGCAUCCUGCUCAUCUACAUCUCGACUGACUACGUUUUCCCCGGCAUCGAGGGCGAAGCGCCGUACGAGGUCGAUGCGGAGACCAAUCCCCCCAACCUUUACGGCCAAUUGAAGCGGGACGGCGAGAUUGCCGUACUAGAGGCCACGAAGGAGACCGGGCUGGGGUUGAUCCUCCGCGUGCCCGUGCUGUACGGAGUCGCCAAGGAGAACUCGGAGAGCGCGGUCAACACUCUGGUCGAUGCGGUGUACAAGGCACAGGAUGAGAACGCGGGGAUCAAGAUGGACGACUGGGCGCAGCGGUAUCCGACCAACACGGAGGAUGUCGCACGGGUGUGUCGCGACAUUGUGAUCAAGUAUAUCAAGGAACGGCGUCGCAUCCAGGAGCUGCCGAAGAUCCUGCAGUUCACGUCGGAGGAUCGGAUGACCAAGUACGAGAUCUGCGAGAAGCUGGCAGACGUGCUCGGACUGUCCCUGGUAGGGAUGAUCAGGAACAAGGAGGGGAACGAUCCGAAUUCAUCCGUGCAGCGACCCUACGACGUGCAUCUGUCCACUAAGGUGCUGAAGGAUCUGGGGAUUGAAGUUCGGACCAUCGACUUUGUGGCAUGGUGGCGCAAGUAUUUGGGAGCGUACAAGAAAUGAGUCGCGCUCUACUCCGUACGGAUCAGGAAAAUGGGCAGGGGAUGGAAAAAGAAUGAGAUAGAAAUGUUAACGUCGUAAAAGCUCAGGAGUCGCAUCCUGACCAAGCAAUCAAUAUGUCUGCUGAACAGUUAGUUGUUGGUAAAUCACUGACUAAUGAU